AUGGCCGCUGACCGUUUCAUACCUGUUGGGGGAAAAUGGGCCUGUGAAGGCAGUCAACGGUACAUCACUAGCAGUUUUUCUUUGGACGACUGGCCCUUGCGCACUGCGACGAGGACGGGGGGUCGUGUUACGCUUGAGGAGUUCUCCGCGUGUCUUCAUCGUCCGUCGGACUUGAACACCGUCGCGACGACGCCAACGUAUCUUCGGCUGGAGCGUGCACUUUCUUUUGUUAUGGCUGAAGCUGUGGUGGUGCAGGUGUUGCAGUCGCGCGGCGGCAACAGCAGCUGUCCGCACUGCACUGCGUAG